GAGCAGCCAGCCCUCGUGGGCCCUGGAGACCGUCUGGGAGGACAAGCACAUGUAUGAGGAGGCCGAGCGGCGCUACUACGAACUCGCGGCCACCCAGGCUGCCGCCGCCGCUGCCCAGGGUGCCCUGAACGGGCCUGGCCAGGAGGAGAUCGGGGACAGCAGCAGCAGGGCAGACUCCAGGAAGACCCACUCAGGGCGGAAGCCGCUGCAGAAGAAGAGGAAGCGCUCCCCACGGGCCUGGCUGGGCCAGGCUGACAACCUGGCCCUUGUGGGCCUCUCAGCUGACCACGUGUGGCUGGAUAAGCCCCUCUUUGAUCAAGCGGAGAGUGUCUACCGCCAGAGGCUGGCUGGGGCGGCCGGCCGGCCUGCCCUGGCCCAGAGAGGCCCCUGCACCCAUGGAAGCCAGGUGGCCUGCCACCAUGUGACUUGGGGCAUCUGGGUGAACAAGUCCUCUUUCGACCAGGCAGAGCGGGCCUUUGUGGAGUGGUCUCAGGCCCUGCUGCUGGUCGAGGAGGGGCGUGGCGGGCAGGAUGUCCUGGACACAGGCCAGAGGCCAGCUACCUCCGCUCUGGCCCUGGUCCAUCCGUCCAGCCCUCCUGCAAACGGCCAGCCACCCCUGGGCAGCCUGCAGGCACUGGUGCAGGAGGUAUGGCUGGAGAAGCCGCGCUAUGAUGCAGCCGAGCGGGGCUUCUACGAGGCCCAGUUUGACGGCCACCCCCCAGGGAAGGUGCGGCUGCAGGAGCGGGCGGGCCAGAGCGAGGGCUCCCGGCGUGGCCGCAGGGACCGCCGCAGCCGCAACGCUGUGGGGGCCAGGCGGGCAGGGCCACGGCGGGCAGACGGGGAGGCGGCUCCUGCCCUUCCCUACUGGUACUUCCUGCAUAAAGACUCAGAGACUCCCUGGCUCAGCAAGCCUGCAUACGACAGUGCCGAGUGCCACCACCAUGCUGCCCAGGCCCUGCGUAUGGCCUGGCGCCUCGAGGCCGCCUCCCUGGCCCUCCGGCCAGCACCCCGCUCCAGCCCUGCCAUGUCCAGCCUGAGACCCAACAGGAAAAUGACCAGCAACUUCUUGGUGCACGAGAAGAUCUGGUUCGAGAAGUUCAAGUACGAUGACGCAGAGCGCAGAUUCUACGAGCAGCCCAGCGGGCCAGAGGCUGGCUGCUCCCGUCAGGAGAACGGCGCCAGCGUGAUCCUUCGGGACAUCGCAAGAGCCCGCGAGAACAUCCAGAAAUCCCUGGCCGGGCUGCAGGCCGUGCUGCCCAGCCCCCCUGUGGCCCCCAGCCCAGCUGCCCCAGGGAUUAGCUCGGGGGCUGCUAGCGGGCCCGGUGGGGACCACAGUGAGCUGCUCGCACACCUUGCUAGCCUGGAGAUGGAGAACCAGAACCUGCGCAGUGUGGUGCAGGACCUGCAGCGGGCCUUUUCGCAGCUGGAGGCUCGACUGAGCCAGCUGGAGAGGAACUCGCCCGCCCACCGGCCCACGGCCCCACAGACCCAGCACGUGUCUCCCAUGCGUCAAGUGGCCCCCCCAGCUCAAAAGGCAGCCACGCCGGCGGAGGACGACGAGGACAACGACAUCGACCUGUUUGGCAGUGACGAGGAGCAGGAGGACAAGGAGGCGGCCCGCCUUCGGGAGGAGCGGUUGCGGCAGUAUGCCGAGAAAAAGGCCAAGAAGCCCACGCUGGUGGCGAAGUCCUCCAUCCUGCUGGACGUCAAGCCUUGGGAUGAUGAGACAGACAUGGGGCAGCUGGAGGCCUGCGUGCGCUCUGUCCAGCUAGACGGGCUGACCUGGGGGGCCUCCAAGCUGGUGCCAGUGGGCUACGGCAUCCGCAAGCUGCAGAUCCAGUGCGUGGUGGAGGACGACAAGGUGGGCACAGACCUGCUGGAAGAGGAGAUCACCAAGUUUGAGGAGCACGUGCAGAGCGUGGACAUCGCAGCGUUCAACAAGAUCUGAGCCUGGAGUGGUGUGUGUGGUGACCCAUUAAAGAUUAUGUGCACA